UAAGAUCUUGUUCGUUCUUUUGACAAGCGGAGACAAAACUAACAUGAGGUUCAGUAUCGCUCUAUUUGUGUUUGUAGUCGUCAUUUCAACGACUAGGGCCUUUUUAGAAAAGGUCUGUGUUUGUAUAAAUGAUAACGACUAUGGAGCCACCUGUUACAUGUAUGGAGGUUUUGUACUAAGGAACAAUGUUUUAAUUGCUGUUUUAAAGGAUGAAUCGAUCAUAGCAAUUCCUUUGUCAAGUUCAAAGGUCAAGGCAGGUGGUAACUGUGUUGGUGCUAUACGCACGAUUCGUCCAUCAAAAGAUAAAAGAUUUAUAAUACCACAUUUGAUAGACAUUGAUAUUGGAAAGGGUGGAAUCAAAGUCGACACUGCAGUCGGUGGUGUUGGUGUAGGAAAGGAUGGCCUUAAUGUCGACACAUUAGCCGGUGGUGUAGGGAUAGGUAAAGACGGUGUCAAGGCCAAAUUGGACACUCCCCUUGGUGGAUUUAAUGUCUCGGCUGGUAAGGGAGGUGUCAGUGCUGGUGGAAAAGUUGACGUUCCUGCUGUUGGUAGUCUAGGUGGUGCCGUGAAUGUCGACAAUAGUGGUAAAGUUAGUGGCGGUGGAGAAGCUUCUGUCAAUUUCUUAGGUGUUGGCGAAGUUGGAGGUCACGUUAACGUAGAUAAAAACGGAAAAGUCAGUGGCGGUGGUGAAGUUGGGCUAGAACUUGGUCCUCUAGCUCACGCUGGAGUUCAUGUUGAUGUGGAUAAAAAUGGUAAGGUCAGCACUGGAGUUGAUGCAAAUGCAAAUUUAGGUCCACUUGGCAGCGUGGAAGCUCAUGUCGAUGUUGACCAAAAUGGCAAAGUAUCUACCGGUGUGAAUGGACAGGCCAGUUUAGGCAAAUUUGGAAGCGUAAGUGGGCAUGUGGAUGUUGAUCAAAACGGGAAAGUAAGCGGUGGUGGGAAUGGACAAGCUCAACUGGGUUCUCUUGGAAGUGUUGGCGGCAAUAUAAAUGUAGGCAAAAAUGGACAGGUGUCAGGCGGUGUUCAGGGAACUGCAAAUCUUGGAAAUGCAAGUUUGAGCGGCAAUGUCAACAUAGCAAAUGGACAAGUAAGUGGCGGGGCACAAGGUCAUGCAAAUCUAGGUAAUUUAGGAAGCGUCGGUGGCAAUAUAAACGUGGCAAAUGGUCAGGUUUCUGGUGGGGUACAAGGGCAGGCUAAUAAUGGAUCUCUUGGUAGUGUUAGCGGAAGUUUGACAAGUGGUUCAGGUGGCCAAACUGGUGGUGUAAACCAUAAUCUUGUAGGUCAAGGGUCUCAAACUGGGUCUACUUCUGGUUCCGGUUCAGGAUCAGCAAGUUCGGGUGGAGGAAGCUCUUCAACUAAUAAACUUACACAGACAAUGAACGGAAUGUUUGGAAAUUUCAUGAGUGGGUCUAAUUUUGGUCUCAAUGCAAUGAUGGCAAAUGGAGGAUUCAGUAAUAUGUUUGGUGGAAGCGGUGGUGGCAGUGGAAGCAAUCCAAAUGGUUUCAGUCCACAAACACUAAAUCAGCAAGUUGGUGUACAACAGUUCCUGCAGAAAAUGCAGCAAGGGAGAAGGCGACGAUUAAAUCUGUAACUACGUGCACAGUGAGCUUCAGAUGAAUUAUGUACAACAUUACGGGCGUGCAGUUAUUUUUUAAUUGUUAUUUAAUAUAUAAAAGGGAUUCUUUAAAGAACCUGUGAUUUCAUGGUCUCCAGC